AUGAAUAAAAGAUAUGAGACAAUUCGGCAUCUCGGAGAAGGACAAUUCGCUAAUGUUUACAUGGCAAAGGACACAGAAACCGGUGAAACCGUGGCUAUUAAGAAAAUCAAGCUUGGUUCACGAGAUGAGGCAAAAGAUGGAAUCAAUAGAACAGCGAUUCGAGAAAUCAAGUUAUUGAAGGAAAUCCAACAUGAAAAUAUUAUUGGGGUAAGCAGAUAGAUCGUCUGAUUUCAGAAAAAAAUUUUUUUUUGAAGUUACGAGAUGUGAUUGGCCAUCGAACAAGUAUUCAAUUGGUUUUUGAUUUCAUGGAAACUGAUUUAGAGGUAAAUAUCUUUCUCAAAAGAAAAUAAGAUAACAAAUUACACUUUUCAGCAUGUUGUUCAAGAUCAAAAAAUAAUUCUGAUGCCUGCGCACAUCAAAAACAUCACAAUGCAAACUCUCCUCGGAUUGGAAUUUCUCCACGCUCAUUGGAUUUUACACCGAGAUUUGAAGCCAAAUAACUUGUUGAUGAACACAAUGGGACGUGUGAAAUUGGCUGAUUUCGGUUUGGCUCGUUUUUUCGGCUCUCCAAAUCGUAAUUACACCCAUCAAGUUGUAACUCGCUGGUAUCGAUCGCCGGAACUUCUCUAUGGCGCAAAAUCGUAUGGAGUUGGUAUUGAUAUUUGGUCGGUUGGAUGUAUUUUAGCCGAAUUGCUUUUGAGAGUAAGGAUUUUCAAAUAAUGAACCUCAAAAGUUAAUCAUUUUCUGUAAUUUUUCAGCUACCAAUCUUCCCUGGCGAUAGUGAUAUAGAUCAACUUGUUAAAAUUUUCAAUGUUCUUGGUUGUCCAACAACUGAAGAUUGGCCAACAAUGACAAGUUUGCAAAGUUAUAUUGCAGUCAAGUGAGUCUUUUAAACAAAGAACAUUCUUGUAAGCAAUUUUAUUAGGACACCAAACGAGGAGCCACCAGAAUUACAAUUCAUUUUCUCUGCGGCGGGACCCGAAUUAAUUGAGCUGAUGAAAUCAAUGUGGACUUUUGAUCCGGCGAAAAGAUGCACAACUACACAAGCAUUACAGAUGGAUUAUUUCAAGUGAGAAAUUCUUUUCAAAUUAUUUUUUUCAAAUCAAAAUUCCAGGGUUCAACCAUAUUGUUGUCUCGAUGAAGAAUUGCCGCAUCCAAAUCGUCAGCCAGCAAAAAGAAGGAAAUUUGAAGAAAAAUCCGAAGGUGGACCUGGAGUUCGUAGAUUGAUUUUUGAAUGA